AGGGUGAGGUGGAUAACGAAGGUUGAGUGGAGGGAAUUGGAAAAAAAGUUGAAAAGAAAUCCUUCGCGAGAGAGCAUGGAAUCUAAUCCGCCUCCCCACUGUCAUCGCAAACAAACUUCAAAACCGUCCUCCAUCCAACAGAAAAAAAAAAAAAAAAAAAAAAACUAAAUAUAAUUAAAAACAAAAAGCACCGCACAACGCAAAACGAACCUUACCUUACCUCUCUCUGUGAAACGUUGAUCACAGUGAGUGACCGCUAUCAACGGCAUACACAGCGCGAGUUUGUUUAUCCACAUUCCGCAAUGAGAAGAUGAUGACGACGCCGUUUCAGCAACCGCCCCAAACCGUACGGAGACUGGUGGUGGAAGUGGUGGACGCGCGCAACCUGCUCCCCAAAGAUGGCCAAGGCAGCUCGAGCCCUUACGUGGUGGCGGACUUCGACGGUCAGAGGAAGCGAACCUCGACCCGGUUCAAGGAGCUGAACCCGGUAUGGAACGAGCCUCUCGAGUUCAUCGUCUCCGACCCGGAGAACAUGGAGUUCGAGGAGCUCGAAGUGGAGGUCUACAACGACAAGAAGUUCGGCAACGGAAGCGGCCGCAAGAACCACUUCCUCGGGAGGGUCAAGCUCUACGGAACUCAGUUUUCCAGAAGAGGAGAAGAAGCUCUUGUUUACUACACGCUGGAGAAGAGAAGCGUGUUCAGUUGGAUAAGAGGAGAAAUUGGCCUCAGGAUUUAUUACUACGACGAGAUGCUCAUGGAAGAGGAUAAACCUCCGCCGCCGCCGCCGCCGCCGCAGCAGCAGCAGCAGGAGCAAGGUGAGAGAACGGAGCAAAACAAGCCGCCACCGGGAGUGGUGGUUGUUGAGGAGAGACGUGUUUUUGAGACUCCUGGUGGACCGAUGAUGGAGCAAUGCGUGCCUCUUCCUACAGGUCCUCCUCAUUCGCCGCCGCGUGUUGUGGUCGUGGCUGAAUCUCCGCCGCCAGUGGUUCAUGUUUCGCAGGAUCCACCGUUGCCGGAAAUGUGUGAGCCUCCUCCGGCGUCGGAAAUGCAGUUUCAGCCCGAGGUGAGGAAAACGCAGGCCAACAGAGGGGAGAGGGUGAAGAUUUUGAAGCGGCCGAACGGGGAUUACUUGCCUAAAGAUAUUUCUGGAAAGAAAACUGGUAAUGAGUCUGAGCGAGUUCAUCCCUUCGAUCUGGUGGAGCCAAUGCAGUACCUGUUUGUCAAAAUCUGGAAGGCGCGUGGGCUCGCUCCUCCUAGUGAAGGCCCAAUCGUGAGGGUUCGGAUGUCGAGCCAAUCCAGGAGAUCCAAGCCCGCCAGCUACAGGCCCAACGAGCCCACCGAUUCGCCGGAAUGGAACCAGACAUUCGCGCUGGGUUACAACACCACCGACGCGAACAACGCCGCCACGCUGGAGAUUUCGGUUUGGGAUUCCCCGACGGAGAAUUUCCUCGGCCGCCUUUGCUUUGACCUUUCUGACGGAGAAAAUUAAUUAAUCAUUAAAUCAUAAUAAAUUCUUUAAUUUAAUUAAUCAUCAAAUAUUAAAAUAAUUUCUUUAAUAAAAAUUAAAACACUAAUGUGUGUGACUCAUAGAUUCAAAACUAAAUUCAUAAUAUAUUAAUCAAAUUAUAUAUUAACCAAAGUAAGCAUCUAACAAUAUUCCUCAACAUUCACGAUAACAUGAAA